CCCAUUGGAUGCAAUGCGUUAUAACGUUCGUAAUCCUAGCUAUUUGCAACUCAAAUUAAAAAAAUCGAACAAAAUAGGUUCUACUUGUGAAUAUCACUCGAAUAGAAAGAAUUAUGUAAUUAUAAAUACUUCAUUUACUUAUAUUACCAAUUAUUGUCUAUGUUUACUCGUUGUAAAUGCACUUCAAAAUAUAAUUAAUACAUAUAUACAUUAUGAUAUUAAUAAUAUGAUGUUUUGAACAAAUAACUAGAUAAUGAAUAGAAUCAGGUAGAUUUUUUUUUUUUUUUUGGUCAAGUAAAAUUAUAAUAAUUAAUUAUCUAAAAUUUGAUUCUUAUUUAUUAAUAGAAUAAUAUAAAUAAUAUAUUUUCUAAGAAUACUAAAAUAUUUAAUUACCUAAAAUUGAGGUAUGCAGACUUGCAUUUUGUCAAGAUUUAAUUAAUUACUUAGCAGCAGUUGACAUUGGACAAUACGAGAGAGGGUCUGCGCAAAAGUGCAUCAACGUGGGAGAUACACUCCCCGUCACGAGCUCUGGACGGUGGAUAUGCCACGACUGUUUAGUUUCUUAUUGUCCUCGUGGCACAAUCUACUGCCACAACCCUUCAUCAAGGCCCCACUUACGUCUCCCUCUCUAUGUUUCUCCAUCUAUCUGUACUCUAUUAUAUAAGUUAUUACAUGUUUUCUUUAGUUCCUUAUUAACCUGCACAGCUUCACUACCAGUUAGUACUUGUCACUUUCCCUUGGAAAACAUUAGAACCAGCACGUUCUCUUCCUUGCAGUUUCUAUUUCUAUUUCUGUUUUUUUAGCUUACAAGUGGAGAAUGGGAAGGGCACCUUGCUGCGAAAAGAUUGGGUUGAAUAGAGGAAGAUGGACGGCUGAAGAAGAUGACAAGUUGAUCAAGUACAUUCAGGCUAAUGGCGAAGGUUCAUGGCGGUCUCUACCCAAGAAUGCAGGAUUAUUGAGGUGUGGGAAAAGUUGCAGACUGAGAUGGAUAAACUAUUUGAGAAAGGAUUUAAAGAGGGGAAAUAUAUCAGCUGAAGAAGAAGAAAUCAUUUUCAAGUUGCAUGCCUCAUUGGGGAAUAGAUGGUCUUUGAUAGCCAGUCACUUACCAGGCAGAACAGAUAACGAAAUAAAGAACUACUGGAAUUCUCAUUUGAGUAGGAAAGUUCACAUAUUUAGAAGACUUGGCAAUGAAAGUUUGUCACCAAUGACCCUAGAUAAUGCCAAAGUGGGAAUGCCAUUUGCGGUAACCAAGCGAAAAGGAGGCAAAACAACUACUAGUACUAAAUGCACAAUAAAGAAGAACAAACCCCAUAUUCAUAAAGAAGCUGUUGAAAAUGGACCCUCAUCGGCAUCAAAAGAAUACGAGAUUGUAUCUAUGCCACUUACUCCUGCCUUAGAGAAAGAGACCUUGUCUUUUACCAGCGAGGAGGAUACUCUUUAUUUGGAUACAUUUGUAGAAGAAGACAAGGAGCAACUGGACCUUAUAUUUCCAAGUGCAUGUCAAGAAAAUGGAGUAGGGUUAGUGUUGGAUUCAAGCCAUGAGAAAGAGAAAGAGAAAGAGAAAGAGAAAGAGAAAAGCGACCAAAUAGUGUUCCCCGUUGGCAAAGAGAUUACAGGUGGGAAUUCAUCAAUUUUGCGUUCAAGUAGGGCUAGUGGUGGCGAGGAAGAAGCUGGAUUUCCAGGACCAUAUCAAUGCAUUGACGAAGAGAUCUUGCUUUUUGAAGACAUUAUGCACAGCGAGUUGCUGGAUGCUCAAGGUGCUUUAAAUGAAGAAAGAGAAGAUGUUCAUGUUACUCAUAAUUGCAUGGAGACAGAGCGUGGAAUUUUGAUUAGUCCAAACAAAACUUUAACAAGUGAAGAAUGUGAGCUAGAAAUUGGUAAUAAUUUGAGCUCAAGUGCGGAGUCUUGUGGUUCGUAUUCAUGUUCUUCAAUAGCCUCAUAUUUGGAUGAUUGGACAUGGGAGGAUUUGAUGCAAAGGUCUGAAAUUUGCUACAAUAAUAUAGACGACAUGAUGUCAUCUUUUUUAGAGAAUGAAAACGCAGAAGACAAGCAACAAGAAGAGAUCAUCAUUGACCAUGACAAGCAAAAUGAAUUGGUCACUUGGCUUCUUUCUUGAUAAUCCAUGCAUGCAGCAGACCUUUUUUUUCUCUAAUUUUUCCUUCUUUUUCACUGUAAGUUAGAUAGCUACUAAGGAUAACGUCGAGAGUUUUUUGUUGCUCUAGAUCAGUGGUGACCUCAACGACAGGUUUCCUUAACUUUUGUCGGCUGUUCCUGCAGAUGUAAAUUAGUCCUUGUUUGGAUAUGUAGACAUUCAAUCCACUUCUUUUACUUAAUAAAUAAGAAAAAAAUUUGUGGGUGUGCCCUGUUUAGAAGAUCUAAAAGGACAGCCUCAAAAAGACCUGUCUUAUGACAUGUCCUAUUCUCCCUCUUAAGAAAUAAAAUUCUUUUGGCUAGUUACCUUA